AUGGGCAAGUUGCUUGAUAUAUGGAUCAGUGGUGAUUUAAUGUGUAGACUAGGUACUUCACAAAUUAAAAAAAUAUCUGAUAAAUUAAGAGGAAUGAGGAAUAAUAUUCCUGUUGAAUUUUGUAGGCGCCCACGAUCUCUGAGAUUCCUCAAUUCGUGGAAAGCUACAGAAUAUAGACAGUUUCUUCUAUAUACAGGCCCAAUUGUUCUUAAAUCCAUAAUAUCAAAAGAUUUUUAUAAUAAUUUUCUAACUCUGCAUGUUGCUAUAAGAAUUUUAAGUUCUCGUGACUUUUCUGAUGAAUCUUUAUUGAAUUAUAGUAAAUCUUUAUUAACAUAUUUUGUUAAUGGAUUUAAACUUCUUUAUGGAGAGCAUCUUGUUUCACACAAUGUGCAUAGUUUAAUCCACUUAACAGAUGAUGUUCGAAGAUUUGGUUCAUUAGAAAGUUUCAGUGCCUUCAAAUUUGAAAAUUAUAUGCAGACGUUAAAGAAAUACAUACGAAAACCAGAAAGGCCCCUGCAACAAAUUGCUCGUAGAUAUCACGAGUUUCAAGAAUACCAUACGCAAAAAGUGUAUGAAGAUAAUUGUGAUAAUUUUGAUAAUGAUAUCGAGUUCUCUCCAUGCUUAUCAACUGUACAUUUUGAUGGACCACUUUUCACUUCCUGCGGAAAUCCACAAUUUGAAAAACUAAAAUGUGGAAGUGCCAUAAUCAACAUCAGAAGAGAAGCUGAUCGAUACUGCUCUCUAAUUGAUGGCUCCAUAAUUUAUAUCUGCAAUAUUGCAUCUUUAAAUGGAGAAGCAGUUAUCAUUGGUCAACGAUUUAAAAUGAUGGACGAUGUUUAUACAAUACCCUGCCGGUCAUCAUUUAUUGGGAUAUAUAGGGUGUAUGAUCUAGCAAGUGUACAAGUUUGGCCUGUGAAAAAUAUAAAAAGUAAAAUAUUCAUUAUAUCUGACACUUCAAGUGAUACAAAGAUCGCACUUCCUUUGCUUCAUUUAUGCUAA